GGGGGACCCAUGGAAAUGGAGCUCCAUUGAACCUCGACAAACGAGCGAAAUGUGGAGGCGCGUUGUGGUGGCAGCGGCGCCAGUGCGGCGGUGGACGGGAGCUGGUCGCCGAAGCUAUGGAUCUGCGCAAAAGGCGUCGUGCGGGGAUGCAGACAAGACUCCCGACGUUUGCUGGAAGUGCGGAGAACGCACAACGUGUUGCUCGUUCUUCUGCAGCGCGUGCAACCACAUUCAACCACUGCGCGCGGAAGGCGCGUGCAACUACUUCAAGAUCUUUGGCAUCCCCGAAUCCUUUGCGAUUGAUGCAAAAAAGGUCGAGCAGCUGUACUGGUCGCUCCAGAAGAAGAUGCACCCAGACUUGUACGGCUCGAAAUCCGAGAUGGAGAAGGAGUUGUCCGUGGUCAACUCAGCGUUGGUGAACCAAGCAUACAACCUCCUCAAGGCCCCGACAAGUCGAGCCAACUACCUCCUUCGCCUGCACGGGAUCGACGCGCUCGGCGACGCCACGACCUAUGUCGAGCCCGCCGUCUUGAUGGAGAUCAUGGAAGCGAGAGAGGACAUUGAAGAGUGCGACUCGAUGGAACACCUGGAACAGCUCAAGGCCGCCAACGCGAGCCAGAUCGAAGCGUGCAUGCACAAACUAACGCAAGCGCUCGACUCGAACCAAGACUUUGCCAUGUCCAAGCAGCUCACGGUCGAGCUGCAGUACUUGGUCAAGCUCAGCGAGGCCAUUCUGGACAAACAGGACCAUUUGGACAAGUGAUUAUUGCCGAAAACCCCCAGUUAACAUGCACACUGGAUAUGCCUCGAUCGGCGCGUGUGUGGCGGCUAGA